AAGCUGUUGCGAUGGAUCACCUCGAGUAUGCCACGGACACACUAAUCAUGGGCAGCGAGCGUAAAUCAGCUGGGAUGCCUCAUAGCUGCAAAAAGAUGAUUGCAUACCACGAGGGAGGGCAUGCCAUUGUUUCUAUCCACACGGAUGGUACCGGCCCUAUCCACAAGGCUACCAUUGUUCCUAGGGGGUAUAUUCUUGGCAUGGUGACACAACUGGCAGAUGACGAAUAUGAGUACAAAUACUCAAGGAGGAAGAUGCUGGCAGAAUUGGAUUUCCUCAUGGGAGGCCGAGUGGCCGAGGAGCUUAUAUUUGGAGAGAGCGAGGUGAGCACUGCUGCUUUAUCUGAUCUAAGCACGGCGACCCGGCUGGCGACAGACAUGGUCGCCAGGCAUGGUAUGAGCAAGGUGGUUGGCCCUGUUUCCUACGACAAGGAGGGUGGUUGGAAUGCGAAGACCAUGAGCUGGCAAACGUCAACCCUGGUUGAUGGUGAGGUGAAAGCAUUACUAAACAAGGCUUACACGAACGCAAAAACGAUUCUCACAUCACACGAGUGGGAGCUUCAUGCGGUAGCCAACGCACUUUUGAAGGAUGAAACUCUCACGGAGACCAGAUCACGACCCUGCUGAAGAAUGAGACUGUUGCCAGAGAUCAGACCACGAAACCUGUUUGCAGCCUAGUUCCCACCACUGCUCCUGUCGCCAAUGAAGACCCAGCCCCAAGGCCCAAGAGAAGAUGCAGGGCCAAUAAGCGGGUGGCCGGUGACGAAUGGAUCACCAUGCGGCGAAGGGUUACUUAAAGACCAGGCGGACAUGAUGCGAACCAUCCUGCAUUGGAUCAAGGCGAACGGCUUCCUAGCAUCCUCACCUAUCCAUCUUUCUGUUCUUCAUAGAUCAUCUUCUUGUUCAAGCAAACAAUUCAUCAAAACCUGAACUUGUAUCCAAAAUACUAAAAGAUCAGAGGUAAUCUAUUGCGAGUAGAGAGAACCUAAAAAACCAGUAUGUCUACCCACAAAAAGAAGGUAAAUUGUCAGCAGAAUCAGUAGGCACCUUCUGCACACUAACGACUGAGAGACAAAACAGGGUGGUCCUAGCAAGAUUUUUCUUAUUUUCUUUCAUUAGUUGCAUACACACAAAUGUAAAGAUGUACGCUCUGCAUUUCUCAUGACUAUUUUCAUCUUCUAGAAUACUCUGAUUUUUGUUUCUCAAAUCUGAAGAGCAUGUGGAAAAU